UUGCAUGUACAAAGUUCAAUUGAUUAUUCCAGCUCAAAGGCAGGUCAAAUCUUUUCAAAUCUCUCAAGUUUGUUUUUAAGAAUAAAUCUAAUGAUCUCUAAGUGAAGUGUAUUUGUCAACUCAGUUAGCCACAGUUUAAAGUAGGCACUUCUUUCUUCUUCCAAAAGAGUUUCUGUGGCAGUGAGAAAACCCAGAAGCUAGAAGGUAUGUUGUGCAACUUGCAAACCUUUCGGCCCUUCUGAUACUCCGAGGAUGAUAAAUACUGGCUCAGGCUUCUGGAUUUUCAUUUGACAGUUGAGACCAGGAAAAAUAAAAUCCUGUUGCUGUUAGAAAUUGAUGCACAGUCGAAGAGUGUGGGUAGUCCCAGUCUCAUUCAGCCACUGGAACAACAACUGAGGUAUGGGAGGAACGCAGUCCACACAUGAACAACCUCCACUUCUUUCCACACCAUGGAGAACAAUAAACUGGAAAGACUACCAGACCCCUCUGCAGUAUGUUGAAAGCUACAAACUUCCCUCUGAAGGAAAGCAGAUCAGGAUUCUUCUUCAUGGGCCCGUUGGAGCUGGAAAGUCCAGUUUCAUCAACUCCGUCCAAAGUGUCUUACAUGGCAGAAUAUACGUUCAGGCCUUGUCAGACACUGGCUUUAAAUACAGUUUCACCGAAAAGUAUACGGCCUACAAGAUCCAGAAAGGAGACCAGAAGUCCUUUUACCCUUUUGUCUUCAAUGACAUCAUGGGUCUGAGCCCAGUAAAUGGAGUCCUGGUGGACGAUGUCAAACUGGCUUUGAUGGGACACGUGAAGGAAGGUUACAAGUUCAACAUUGAAUCUAAACUGUCAGAUGCUGAUCCACACUUCAUCAAAUCUCCAACUGACAACGACAAAGUGCACAUUCUGGUUUGUGUAAUAAAUGCUGACAAUUUAACUCUGAUGCAUCAAGCCACUCUGCAGCAGAUUCGGGAGAUUAGAGGGAAAGCCAGUGAACUGGGGAUUCCUCAAGUCGUCAUUCUAACCAAGAUUGAUAAAGCAUAUCCUGAACUCAAAGAAAAUCUGAGGAAUGUCUACAAGGUUGCUUCCCUGAAGAAUCAGAUGGAGCAGUUCAGUGCAGAUGUUGGAAUCCCAAUGAACUGCAUGUUCCCUGUGAAGAACUACUCUGAAGAAAUCGAGCUCAACAGUGACACGGACUGCCUGAUCCUGAGUGCGCUGAGAAACAUCAUCAACUUCGGAGCAGACAGCGUCAACUUCCGCACGAAUCCCUCAGGACGUUUGGACUGAUAUGUUUGAACACAACAUUAAAAGUCUGUAUUUCAUGUUGCCAUAAAAAAGGAUUGACACAUUAAUGAACUCAGGCUACCAAUAUAUUUCUAGUUCUAUAUUCUUAUUCCAAUUGUGUGUCUUGAUAUACAGUGAGAAAAAA